AUGAUAUUACCAAUUAUUAAUCUAACUAAUCAAGUAUCCGAUGAAAAACUCGUAUCUUCAUUAAAUUUAAUUGGGGACAUUAUUCUUCGUAUUCCAGAUAUUUGCGAGACCACUACUUUAUCUAAAUUUUUGGAAACUUUUCAAUUAGACAAUUAUUGGAUCUUUCCCUUUAAAGAUAUAGGUUCCCAAGAUAUUGAACAGGUAAUCAAUUUAUUGGAUCAAGGGGCUCAUAAAGUUGUUAUCCCUUCAUUCCGGAUUUUGGGUGAUAAAAAUUUUUCCACUUUACCCGCGAAUAGAUUAAUUGCACAUAUCACUUCACAUGAAAUAUCAAAUAUUGAAAAUGUCAAAGAAUUAAUAAAAAAUUUGUCCGGAUUAGUUUCUGGAUAUUUGAUAACCAUUUCAAAUGAUGAAACCGUUUCCAAAGCUAUGAGAUCUGUACCCGAAAAUUUUUUAAAAGAUUUUAAUAAUUUUGUACAAAUUGCACAAAAAAAUUUAUUACCAUCAGGUGGAAUUUCAAAAGUUGGACUCAUUUUACAAUCCAAUAAUUCAUAUUUAUCAUCAUCUUUGGAAUUUAUAAAAAGGCUUUCAGAAGAAUUUUCAGCAGAAUUAGUGGUUCCUAUUGAUCAACUUACAUUAGAUUCGAAUGUCAAUGGUUUACUUAAUAUUGCAGAUGCAUUUACUUGUUCAUUAAAAUCCGAUCGAUCCGAUGGUUUAUUUAUUACUGCGGUGGUAGAUGAAAGAGGUUUAUUAUUGGGAGUAGUUUAUUCAUCAAUAGAAAGUAUUCGUGAAGCUUUCAAAACCAAAACAGGUGUUUAUCAAAGUAGAAAACGAGGGUUAUGGUAUAAAGGUGCUACAUCCGGUUCAGUUCAAGAAUUAAAAAGAAUUCAAACUGAUUGUGAUGGAGAUUCUUUACGUUUUGUAGUAAAGCAACAUGGGACUGGAUUUUGUCAUUUAAAUACUCGUACAUGCUUUGGGGAUGAUAGUGGACUUACAGCACUUGAAAAUACUUUACAAAGUCGUAAAUUAUCUUCUCCAACUGGUUCUUAUACACAGAGAUUAUUCCAAGAUUCAAAUUUGCUUCAUUCAAAAAUUAUAGAGGAAGCAAAUGAAUUAUGUUCCGCAACUACAAAAGAAAAUAUUGCUUGGGAAACAGCUGAUUUGUUUUAUUUUUCCCUUGUAAAAUGUGUUGCAAAUGGAGUAUCUUUAACAGAUGUGGAAGCCCAUUUGAAUCAACGAGCAAAAAAGAUAACACGAAGACCUGGUAAUGCAAAAUUUGAGUGGAAUAAAUCGAAUGAAAAUAACGAAGAACAAAUUCCUUUAAUUGUGACUAACGAACAACCUACCAAUAAGAUCAUUAAAAUGCAAAGAUUUAAUUUAUCAAAAAUUGAUGAUAUCAAAAGAACUUCUCUUCUUCAAAGACCUAUCAUUAAAUCUUCCGAUAUUUUAUUCAAAGUACAUCCGAUUAUAGAUGAUGUUCGUAAAAGAGGAGAUCUGGCUCUAAUUGAAUAUACAUUAAAAUUUGACAAAGUUCAAUUAACAACACCUGUCAUUUCGUCACCUUUUUCUCCGGAUGAUAUGAAAAUUGAUGAUUCCACACGUCAAGCUAUUGAUCAGGCUUAUGAGAAUAUAUACAAAUUUCAUGAUGCACAAUAUGAUCGUUCUACUUUAAUUGUUGAAACAAUGCCAGGUGUAACUUGUUCACGAUUCAGUCGACCGAUUGAAAAAGUAGGUAUUUAUGUACCAGGUGGGACGGCAAUUUUACCAUCCACAACUCUUAUGUUGGGUAUUCCUGCAAAAGUAGCUGGAUGUAAAGAAAUUAUUAUUGCGAGUCCACCACGAAAAGAUGGUAAAGUUGUACCGGAAGUAUUAUAUGUUGCACAUAAAGUCGGUGCAUCAAAAGUGGUAUUAGCUGGAGGUGCUCAGGCAAUCGCUGCACUUGCUUAUGGAACUAAAACUGUUCCUAAAGUUGAUAAAAUUUGUGGUCCUGGUAAUCAAUAUGUAACAGCUGCAAAAAUGGCAGUACAAAAUGAUAGUUCGGCUAUGGUAUCUAUUGAUAUGCCGGCAGGUCCUUCAGAACUUUUAGUUAUUGCAGAUAAUACAAGCGUUCCUUCAUAUGUUGCAUCAGAUUUAUUAUCUCAAGCAGAACAUGGAACAGAUUCUCAAGUGGUAUUGAUAGGUGUAUCACUUACACCUGAACAUCUUUCAAAUAUUGAAAAUGAAAUUCAUAAACAAGCGAGUCAACUUCCAAGAGUAGAUAUUGUACGUGAAUCAAUUCCAAAAAGUUUUAUAUUAGAAGUAAAAGAUAUGGAGGAAGCUAUGAAAUUUUCAAAUGAUUAUGCACCCGAACAUUUAAUUUUACAUCUUGAUGAUGCUGAUAAAUGGGUGGAAAAAGUUCAAAAUGCUGGUAGUGUUUUUGUUGGAGCUUAUUCACCAGAAAGUUGUGGUGACUAUGCUUCGGGUACGAACCAUACUCUUCCUACAUAUGGAUAUGCACGAAUGUAUUCAGGUGUUAAUACUUUAACAUUCUUAAAACAUAUUACAUCACAAAAAUUAACCAAAGAAGGAUUGAAAAAUUUAGGAUAUACAGUUAUGAGAUUAGCAGAAGUAGAAGAAUUGGAAGCUCAUAGAAAUGCUGUUCAUGUUAGAAUUAAGGAUAUUGAAAAAGAAUGCUAA